UCUCAAUAGAGAAAAACCAUGCAGCUUAGAUUCACUUCCCAUGAUAAAUGUCAACCUCUUUCUUUCUCUUUCUUGGCUUGUUCUUGCUGUUUGUGUCGGAAUCAAAGUCUCAGCUUAAGUGAAAGUGGAGAAGACAAUUUUAAAAUGAGCUCAUGCAGUAUAAAAAGCUCGUCCCAGAGGCUGGAAAAUAUAGAUGAGAAUAGUCCUGCAAGGUGGUUACCGCUGUCUUGUCCCCCUCCUGAAACUCCUACAGAGUCCAUGGAGUUUCUCGCCAGAUCUUGGAGUCUGUCGGCUAUGGAACUCUCGAAAGCUCUUGCGAAGGUGCAUAUAGCGGCUUCCAAUGGUCUUGAUGAGAAGUCAUCUGUUUCUUAUGUUGGAAAUGAAACAAAUGUUGCAAGCUCUACAGACUCAAGGGAAUCACUACUUCAGCAGUUACCUUGUGGCGGUAGCCCUCCAAUUUCCCCAAUGGAGAGUGAAAAUCUGAAGGAAUUAUUUUUACUUCAUCAAGCAAUGAAUCCAAAAUUUCUCUGUAAACAACAACUAGUUAAAAAUGGGAUAUACAAGAGCAUAGUAAGAGGGCGAACAAUGGGCAGAUGGCUGAAGGAUCAGAAAGAGAGGAAGAAGCAGGAGAUCAGAACCCAUAAUGCACAAUUGCAUGCAGCUGUAUCAGUGGCUGGAGUUGCAGCUGCCGUCGCAGCACUUGCUGCCUCAAAUGAAAUGUUACCGGAAAUAGAAAUUACCUGUCCGAAGAGAUAUUCUAAAGUAUCAACUGCCAUCGCAUCUGCGGCAGCUCUUGUCGCAUCACACUGCAUUGAGAUUGCAGAGGACACGGGAGCUGAUCAUGACCACAUUCUAAGAGUAGUCAACUCUGCAAUGAAUGCAAGAACAAAUGGAGAUAUCAUAACCCUAACAGCUGGAGCAGCUACAGCCUUGCGAGGAGCUGCGAAGGCAAGGCUGCAGAAGACUACGACGUUUGCUCUAGGUGAGGAAAAGGGUGAAGUCCGCAAUGAAUUGAACAUCUCAACAUUGAACUUUGUCGACGGGGGAGAACUACUGAAGCGCACAAGAAAAGGAGCUCUACAUUGGAAGCAAGUUUCUUUCUACAUAAACUCUAACUGGCAGGUGGUGGUUAAAUUGAAAAGCAAGCAUAUGGCAGGCACAUACACUAAAAGGAAGAAGUGUGUGAUCUCGGGAGUCCAUAAUGACAUCCCAGCAUGGCCCAGAAGCGAGAGAGAAGACAAUGCUGAGCAGAAAGCUUACUUUGGGGUUAAAACAGCAGAUAGGAUAAUAGAAUUUGAGUGUAGGAGUAAAGGUGACAAACAAAUGUGGACGGAUGGGAUCCAGCAUAUGUUGAAUUGUUGUAACAAUAUAGCAUAAUUCUGAGGGAAACUAAUUGGAUUGAUGGAAGAACUAGAAUUUCAUUUCUGUAAAGCAAUAACGUUGAAAUAUAUAUAUCUGAUUCCCAACGCACUGCGCUUAAUUUGCAAUAA